AAAAAAAAAAAUCAAGGGCGUCAUUGAUAAAUUCCCCAUCCAAAUAUUUGCUCAAGCCGAAAUCACGGAAACGACGGGCUAUGGAUCGGGACGAUUGUAAAACCAGCGGCAGAAUCGGAGUUUUGUCUUCGCACUUCCAAUCUCCACUGCCUCCUCCGAUGGCUUCCUCCGAGAAGGACGCUGCUCUCGCCGCAACCCCUUCGGAUGGGCCUACCAUCUUUGACAAAAUCAUAAGAAAGGAAAUCCCUGCCAAAGUGGUUUAUGAGGAUGACAAGGUACUUGCCUUUAGAGAUGUAUCUCCCCAAGCACCAAAACAUAUUGUAAUCAUUCCAAAACUUAAAGAUGGAUUGACUGGGAUUUCAAAGGCAGAAGAGAGGCACACUGAGAUUCUUGGCUAUAUGCUUUAUGUCACCAAACUUAUUGCAAAGCAAGAAGGGCUUAAUGAUGGCUUUAGGAUUGUGAUCAAUGAUGGACCUAAAGGAUGUCAAUCUGUGUUUCAUCUUCAUAUCCAUCUUCUUGGUGGACGCCAAAUGAAUUGGCCUCCCGGUUAGUUACCUUUCCUCAAUUUUAUUGUUAUGGCAUGAUGUGAUCUCGGGUGAGUAUCCCAUGGUAUGGAACCUCUGAAGCAUUUCGACAGUUCAGUUUCGCUCUUGAUGGGGCCUCAAAAUGGAUCAGUAAUAGCAUAAAUAAUACACAUUCGCAUCUGGAUCCCUUCGAUCAAAAGUUGCUUGUUUGCCAAGUUAUGCUUAACUUGUCUUUAAAUUUAUUAUAUGUGAAUCGAACACUGCAUCACCAUAACAUAUGGGCGAACUAUGCUUAUGUUUUUUUACCUGAAGUUAUAGGUUCGGUUGAGAACCAUCACAAA